GUCAGUUGUCGAGUCAACUUGUCAGUGUCAAAGAAAAAUCAACAACUUUGCCUUCAGCUUAUUUUUUUAAAAUUAUAUUAAAUUUGUAAUUUGUAAAAUUAUAUAAAAUAUUUUAUAGUAGUCAAGAUGCGAAGACGAGCUGGAGUGGGUGCCAUUCAAAAGCAAAAGCUGGAGCAAGAGAAAUACAGGGAGAAAGGGUCCGAAAUACAAGAGAAUCAGUUUCAGCAGAUGUCUAAACAAUUAGAAGUGUUUAGGGAAAAUUUGGAGGAAUUCGCCACAAAACAUAAGAACGAGAUAAAGAAGAACGCCCAGUUUCGUCGGCAGUUCCAGGAAAUGUGCGCUGCGAUUGGUGUAGACCCUUUGGCUUCUGGAAAGGGGUUUUGGUCAGUCCUUGGUAUUGGAGAUUUUUAUUACGAGUUAGGAGUCCAAAUAGUAGAAGUAUGCAUGGCAACAAACUACAAGAACGGAGGUCUGAUCACACUCGAGGAGCUGCGGACGAGGCUGAUUGCAGCCAGGGGCAAGGCCAAGAAGCAUCAGGAUAUUACUAAUGAGGACCUGUUGGCUGCUGUGAAGAAAUUAAAGAUAUUUGGCAAUGGAUUCACAGUAGUACCCAUCGGCAAGGGCAAAUGGCUGGUGCAGUCAGUGCCGGGAGAGCUCAACCUGGACCAGACCCUGGUACUGCAGAAGGCCAGCACCCUGGGCACGGCCUGGAUCUCCGCUAGCAUACUUACUGGGGACCUAGGUUGGAACGAAACGAGAGCCCAAAACGCACUAAACCACAUGGUGAAAGAGGGCCUAGCAUGGAUCGACACACAAGACAAGGAGAUGUUGUAUUGGUUCCCUAGCAUGUUCUCCGAAUGCGUAGCAGCUCAAUAGUAUGUCGUUAUUUUCUCGCUCUUUCCUAAAAUAUUAUAGUUCAGAAUCGUCAAUAUAUCAGAUGGCAAGUAUUUAUCUCAUAUUUACAAUAAUAUUUUGGGGAAAGGCGUUUUUGUAUAAAAUAUUUAUAAAAAAAUGUAUAUACAGUAAAAUACCAUUAAGUUUAAUAAAUGAUUUAUUAAAAUAAUAUUGCACUGUAAAUCUAUUCUAAUUCGAUUCUAAUUACAAUUAUUUAUCAGCUUAUCGAGCUAUCAUCUUGAUUCGAUGAUAUUGAAGGUAGUUUUAAUUUUGACCUCAGUUCUUUAUUUUCUUGUUGUAAAUCGUCCAAUCUCUUCUUUAAUUUUGUUGUCAUUUCUACGUAGGAUUCUUUCCACCUGUAAAUUAAUUAUUGAAUUUAAGUGACAGUAAAAUAUUGUGAUAGGUAUCGCGUCAUUCACGAUGACGCGUGCCUUGACUAGUAAUGUCACGUUAUUACAAGUUAGAUUUGACAAAUCUGCGCGUCAUGACACAAACUAUACAUAGGACACAAACUAAAACAGCAGGCUGGGAGCCAUCGCCAAAGACUAAAAGCUAAAUUCAGCAAAGUACUUACUUUUUACUAAGUUCCAUUUGAUUCUCCAAGUGUUUAUGCAGUUCUGCUAACUCUUCUUCUUUAGUUGACACCAUUCUGCAAAACAAGAAGGUUUGCUUAUAUAAUUUUUAUUAGGAAUAAUAGGUAUGUACAGCAUUUAUUUUGUCUUGCCUUUCAUUAUUUGAAGUUUUAUGUCAAACAUUUCAUUUAUGAUACGAAGCUUUUAUCACUGA